AGAACCUACAGCAGCCCCUCACGACCGGUCGGGAAAUACUAAUUUUCCCCUCAUGGUCCAUGGUUAGCAGAUGGCUAGUAGUCUGUUAGAGGACUAGGUGUUAAUUGGGGUCUUAGCACUUGAUCCUGUAAAACAUGAUUGUCACACACGUAAGUCUAGCUACUUAGUUACGUCACUUGGUAUGCGGUCGCCCUGGCGAAACAUCAUUUCCGUGUCAGCUUAGAUGCUAAACACGGAAAUGGCUUCAGGAACGUCUGUUCCGCUCCGCUCGACUUUGCUGUUUUUCGGUUUCUUCGUUUUUGUCUCUGCAGAGCAGAAAACCAUCACAGCUGAGUCUGGACAGAUCGUCACUCUGCCAUGCCGAGCUCCAGACUCAAGCAUUCCCGUCUUAAUCGUGGAGUGGAGAAGACCUGAUCUGGGAGAUGAAUAUGUCCUUUUGUUUCGUGAUGAGCGGCCUUAUCCAGAAGAGCAGCAUCCAUCCUUCAAGAACCGGGUGGAUCUGCAGGACAGACAGAUGAAGGAUGGAGACGUGUCUGUCAUUAUGAAGAAUGUGACGUUUAAUGAUGCUGGAACAUACGAGUGUCGUGUCGUCCAGAGACGAACAAAAUUCAGGAAGAGAGCUAAUCUGGAUGGUGACCCAACCUGCAUCAUCUACCUGAAUGUUGUUGUGCCUCCAGGUCCAUCAGGAGGAACCACAGAGGAAGGAGGGAAGAAGGAUGGAGGGAAGGAGGAUGGAAGGAAGGAGGAUGGAGGAUCUGUUGGUCUGAUCGUUGGUCUCUCAGUUGCUGCUCUGCUUCUUGUUGCUGUUGUUGGUUUUGUGAUCUACAGGAAACAGAAACAGAGUCAGGAUUCAAACCAUCGUCCUGUUGAAAAGCAGCAGGUUGAAAUGUCUGAGACCUGAACUGUGAGUCUGCUGCUGCUGUCAGUCAAUGGGGAAAGACAGAGGAUCUGAGGACAGAUAUGAAUCGUGGUUUGAUUUUACAUUUAAAGCACAGAUGAGCUUCUGUGGAUUAUAGACAGUAACUGAUGGUGUUCAGGAUCAUUAGCUGGUGUUUGACUCAGUGCUGUUACAGUAAUAUGAAACCAAAGAGAAAUCAUUUCCAUGUAGCUGCAGUCAGAUGUUUGCUCCCUCUGAUUGUGACGCUUCAACUUUUCCUUCCAUGAAGGAAACUAAGUUCAAACAUUUCAACAGCCUUUCACAUGUUGGUGCUUUACUGUUAGUUUUUUCUUUAUUUAAAUGUGUUUUGCAUGUAUUAGUACUGCUUUUCUGUCUAUCAUAAUUCAUAUCAUGUAUUGGCUCAAUUGCGCCCCCUCUCAGAAGUAGUGGAUAAAUUCCAUUGUUAGUAUUAAAGGUUUUAGCACAGAAUGAGCACUUUUCAUGUAUGAAUAUUUGUGUGCACGAUAUGAAAGAGUUCAAGUGCUGAAGCAUCCUAAUAAUCCAUGGAUUACUUGCUGUGCUGCUGCAUCAUGGUGUUCUGUCGUGUUGAGCUGUGUGGUUGUGUUUGACCUGAACAUGUUUUGUUCUUAUCCACAUAAUAAAC